AUGAAAGUUCAAUAUGGCAACCAUCAGACGCCAUAUUGUGAAAAACCAGAUAAUGAAAUUCGACAAACUAUGGUGGUGCGAGCUGCUAGUCCUGUAUUGUUACGAGUAAUUGCGCUAGGAGCCUUUUUCAUCUACUGUACGACAAUUGUGAUGUAUCCACGACCAAGUGUAUACACUUGUACAGCACGUGUUUGGCUCCGGGAAAUUGGUUUUUCACUAACAUAUGGUGCUCUUAUGUUAAAAACAUGGCGGAUAUCGGUGAUAUUUCGAGUCCGGUCAGCUAAAGCAGUGAAAAUUACGGAUUUUAAUCUACUGAAACGUUUAGGAGUAAUUGUAGCUAUAUUCACAGUUUUUCUAGUAAUACGAACAUUGGUAUCACCACCGUUAGUGAUUGUUGGACGUACAGCCGAUGACCUAAAGGCAUAUUUAUGUCCCACAGAUUGGUGGGAUCAUUCUUUCACCACAUUAGAAGUGAUUUUUUUGGUAUGGGGAAUACGGUUAUGUAUUGUGGUCCGUAAAGCACCAUCUGAAUUCAACGAGAGUCGUUUCAUAUCAAUGGCAAUCUACAAUGAAUUUUUAUUAUCUGUAUUUUUGAAUAUUUCAAUGCUUUUUUUACAAUCACCAGCGAAUCCAGAUUUACUAUACAUUAUAUUUUUCUGUCACACACAAUUGACGGUUACAUUACUUCUCUGUUUAAUCUUUGGCAGCAAGGCAUAUAUGGUCUUCAAAGGGCAUGGUAAACACGAGCUAGAAAAUUCUGCACCAAAAACACAAACUGGCAAAUUCGUUGGCAAAUCACGCUCCGACAAUUCACAUUACGCAAGCACAAAUUCUUCAGCCACAUGUCUAGAAUACGGGAAAUUAACAGAAGCUGACAUACAGGAAGAAUUUCGUCGAUUAUAUACACAACUUGAACAAUUGAAAGAGAAGAACAUGCGAUUUGGGAAUCGUCAUAUAGGCGCAAAAAUUACUGCAAUGCAAGAUGCAGCUACAAGAGUUCCAACAGUUAUUGAAGAACCAGCUGUAAUUCGUCUAUCAAAAUCAACAGAUAUUUCUAAACCAUCAACAAGUUUUGCAUAUCAAGCUGAAAUUGAACAAUUACCAUCAACUUCGACACAAGAAAAUAAAGUUCCUGCUGGCAAAUCUUCAAAACGAUUGAGUGUUAGUUUUGGUCCGAAAUCUCAGAGCACUUCCGAAGAAAUUAAGGAGGAUGGAAAACCAACUUCGAAAGUAUCAUCACCCUCUGAAAACCACCAAUCGAAUGGAACAACCACUAUGGAUAAAGAUUUGGGUAUUACCGAGCUCCCAGCAAAUCAAAACGAAUCAAGUGAUAUUGAAAUGCACACGACAACCACAACAAAAUCUGCAUCCACAACCGCUGAGAGUCCGUCAAAGAAUAACGCAACAACAAAUUCAAAAAGUAACCGUAUAUUAAAAUCGGGUCAUGCGCGCACCCAUGCGAUUGUAAUUAAUUUAGAUGAUAAAAGUAGAUUUACGGAAGAAGUCACUGUUUAA